AUGGCGGACUCCCCCUCCUUCCGCCGCCACCCGCUUCCCUUCUCCAUCGACCUGGUCCGCUGGCUCCCUUCCUCCACCUCCUCGGGCCGCCUCCUCGCCGCCGCCGUCCACGACCUCUCCUCUUCCCAACUCCAUCUCCUCCCCCUCCCCGACCCUGCCUCCCCGCUCGCCUCCCUCCCGCUCCCCUCCCGAGCCACCGCCCUCCGCUGCUCCCCAUCCGUGCUCGCCGCGGCCACCUCCUCCGGCUCCCUCCACCUCCUCCCCUCCUCCUUCGACGCCGGCUCGGCGAUAUCCGUUCCCAGCGGCGCGGGGUUCCACGUGGGGCCCGUGCGCGGGCUUGACUGCGGCGGGGAGGAGUGGGUGACGGCGGGGGAGGACGGCAGGGUGCACGUGGUUUCCGGUGGCGGCGACGGCAGGGUGGUCGCGAAGAGGGUUUGGGAUGGGAAGGGAAUGUCGGGGUAUGAGGCGGCGAGGUGGGCGUCGUCCGCGGAGUUCGCCACCGGCGGCGCCGGCUGCGGCGUGCAGUGGUGGGACCGGAGGAAGGGGGACGCCGUGGUGGCGCAGUGCAAGGGCAUCUGGGGUCGUGGCAUUGCCACUGGCAUGGUGCAUUCCAUUGAUAUCCAUCCAUCAAGAAAGCAUAUCUGUGUGGUGGGAGGCUCCUCAGGGACAAUAUUUGCUUGGGACCUACGCUGGCAACAACAACCAAUACCGCUCUCUGGUGUAGGCCUUGAUGGAACAGCACAAUCUGUGUGUGAGAGUGAGGUCUGGGAGGUUCUUUUUGAUAACUACACACAGUCUUCUGAUAUUAUUUCAUCUGCCUCAACACGAAUGUUACCUGUGAUGAUGUGCUCAGAGGAUGGAAUCCUUGCAAUUGUCGAACAAGACGAGAGACCUCUUGAAUUGCUUGCCGAACCCUGUGCUAUCAACUCCUUUGAUAUUGAUCCUCAGAACCCUUCUGAUGUGGUCUGUGCCCUGGAAUGGGAAUCAAUUGGUGUUCUAACACGGGGAAGGGAUGCAAUGGCAGAAGAAUGAAGAGUUUCACUCUAAUGAUUUCUUUAAAUGCCCCUGUGUGAUUUCCUGUAAUUGCCUGGGGUGCAACUACUUGAGAAAUCCGGGUAAGCCAUCUUAUGAGGAUGACAUGCUGAUCAAUUUGUUUUUUUUUUUUGGGAAGACCCAAUUUGUUACUCAUCGGCUACAAUCGUAUGGAAGAGUGUUUGGCAUUUAUUUGGUCCAUCGACUUUGUGUAAGCCUCUGCUGCUGGAAGAGUAUACGCUGGAAGUUUAAUUCACUGGUUUGAACAAGUUAUGUUGUCAUUGUAAUUGCAGAUAGUAGAAAAACUUGUUGAACGCUAGAUCAUUCUUGGCUGCAUAACGGUGCUUACCAGAUCAGAGCUGGAAAUCAGAUGCUGCUGUUUAGUUCAGAAUUUCUGUGUACUGAAUGCCUGAAUCUAUGCUGUCUUCAUAGAACACCACUAUUUUACAA